UCACCGAGCUCACUCUCUAUCUCCUCCUCUGCUCUUUACGCGCUCUCAAGCUCGGCAGACGGACGAGACCUUUCUCCCUCUCUCCCUCUCUUCCAAUUUCAUCGUACCCUCUUCCUUUAUCUUUUUGAUAUAAUUUUUUUCCCCUGCCCCCCUUCCCCCGUGUGAGGGGCAAUUGUGGGGGUCCCCAAAGUGUGUGAUUGAGAGUGUGUGUGUGUGUUUUGGAGGGUUUCGGCAUGGAAGCAGUGGCACUGUAUACGUUCCGUGCCACUGAGGGCGAUGAACUCAGUUUCAACAAAGGCGACAUGCUUAAGAUCACCAACAUGGAGGAUGAUCCUAACUGGUACACAGCUGAGCACCACAACAGAAAAGGCUUCGUGCCGAAGAACUACAUCAACCUGCGGCCACACGCCUGGUUCGCCGGCCGGAUAUCUCGCGGUGUGGCCGAGAGUCGACUCAGACAAAUGGGCUGUGGAGCUUUCCUGGUCAGAGAGAGUGAAAGUGCCCCUGGAGAGUUCUCCAUGUCCGUGAGCUAUGGCGACCACGUCCAGCAUUUCAAGGUGCUGCAGGAUCGCAGUGGUCAGUACUACGUGUGGGACGAGCUCUUCUCCUCGCUCAACGAGCUGGUGGAGUUCUACCAUAGCAACAGCAUCGCUAAGGAGAGGAACGUCUUUCUGAGAGACCCCGAGCAAUUCGCCAGGCGUCCCCAUCACGGCCACGCCCUCUUCGACUUCGCCCCCCACCACCCAUCGCAGCUACGCUUCCUGCGCGGCGACGUCAUCGAACUCAUCGACUGCUCCGAUUCGCUGCGCUGGAGGGGCCGUUGCCAUGGGCACGUGGGCUACUUCCCACCGGAGUACGUCCAGCCUAUUUACCAGUGCCAAUGAACUGACGCAUCAAUCAAACGCAGAGCCAACACCGAAGGUUCCUCGAUUGAGCCGUCCCGCCCCUCACACUGCCCCCCCGCUCUGCACUCAGCCAAUUCAUUUUCUGGAGCGGACGACCGACGAGAUGAAGCUGAACUGCUCUUAUGUUACUGACUCCUCCAAUUUCCUGUGAUGUCACAAGCCUCGUCCAAUCGGUUGCCACAGCCGCAUCAAUUGCUUUCACCCGAUCCCACGACCCCCACUUCUCUGUAAUCAUAAGGAAAUUCCAGAUUUGGACAUAUACACUGUGGAGAAUUCACAGACUAACACACACACACACACACACACACACACCUAGACAUAAUCAUUUAUUACAGCUUAUCAGCACUGGUGCAGACUAAAUAAAGGAACAUGCACACACACUAACCCGAUGAAAAGGAAUGGAGGGAGUGUGUGGGACCCACAGGAGCGAGCGGAGGAGGGUCAAGGCUUCCUCUGCUGCAGAUGAGUCAGGAUUUGCUCCGGCACCUUGCAGCCAUUCCCACAAGGAGAUCCGGGGAGCUGGGCCGAGACACACAUGGAGAGUUAUUGUGUUCUGAAUAAAUGUGAGAGUUAGUGAAGACUCGGUGGAAACUGAUUCCUCUUCUUCCCCUGGACUGAUGUGUGUGUGUGUGAGGAGAGGAUCUGGGUUUAAAAUGGGGGCCUGAGUACAUGUAAACUUUAUUUAAGUGUAUGUUUGUUGGGUGACAAUAAGAAUAUGUGUGCAUGAGUGUGUGUGUGUGUGUGUGUGUG